AUGACGGCCUCGGCGAUUCAAGGUGACAAGGAGAAAUGCCAAAAGGCUGGCAUGGACGAUUAUUUAGCGAAACCUGUCAAAGGCAAGCUGCUCGAAAAGAUGCUUGUGAAAUGGGCGAUCGAGGGAAGGCGCGAGGUAGCCAAGCCGUCGCUAUCCAGGAAUGUUAAAGAUCGACGCGCCUCCGCACUGACCCCCCCUCCAAAAUCGCACCCUAACAUCCCGACCGAUCAAUCGCAAAUCUCCCAACGCCCUGCCGCAUCUGAAACGACGGCGCGAGACCCAUCUUUGACGGCUGAGCUUGACCGCCUCGACUACGAGAGCAAUGCCGCCUUGGCUAAAUCCUCCGAGACCGCUGAUGACCGUGCGAUGCGUCGCAUUCACGCUGAAGAGAAAGCAUCCAGUCUACGGGAUGACAAACUCCUUUCUCUCACGGGCACGAAGGGGCAUGGCCAGGGUAGCUAUCAGGGGAAGGAACAAUCCCAGUUGCCUCUGACACAGGAGAACAUGCAGAGAUUGGAGCAGGAGGCGGAACCAGCCGUCUUUCGACGACAGUCGCGCGAGCUCGACAGGCAUUCCAGCGGAGACAUGGAAGUUGAGCGUCAAAGCCGAAGUGACAGCACAACGAGAGGUUCAGGCAGUCUGAGACCAUCACUGAAGGCGACCCAGAAAGCAAGCGAACAGACCGUUACCGCCAAUGCUCCAAGAUGA